GUAGAAGAAGAUGAGAGAAGUAGGAAGAGAGGGCGUCUCUUUUAUUGCCAGCUGGACUUUCUUAUUUACACUGAGCAGAGAGAGAGCGGCGUGUUGUGUCCGGUGUCCGGUGUCCGUCCUCCUGCAGCGGCUGAUGGGCCGAGCCGCGAGGAAGAACCGGAAACAACAACAAUAACAAAACGAAGAAGAAGAAGAAGGUUGUGAUUGCACUGUCAUGGAUGCAGAGAGCGGCGAGCUGUUUCUGGGCAGCGUGUCGGCAGAAAGCUGGCAGCUCGACGCUCCUUUCUCCUGCUCCGAACUUAUCUUCAGCGGCUCGGAGAAACCCCUGCAGGACUGGGCAGUAGACCCCGAUUGUACGCUAAACGACAGCGAGUCAGAGGACGUCCUUCACGCCGUGGAUCCUAACGAGGUGUUUCCCACCGCGCCGACCGCCGACCCCUCGUCCGAGAGCGACAGUGGCAUCUCUGAGGACCCCGUGGUGGAGAGUCCCGUCACCACGGCGGGGGACAUCUUGACGGCGGUGAGCACGGCGGUCGUCCAGCCGGCUGCCGCGGGGGCGACGGUCUACCAGGUGGUUUAUGACAUCAGCAGUCUGGGCGGCGUGAAGACCGAACCUGGACAGGAGAACAUGAUCUCCAUAGAGCUUGAUGAGUGGAGCUCCCAGAUGUUGUUUUCAGACUCGUGCAUCGUGAACGAGCUCCCCGUGCUCUCCGCCGCCGCUCGCCUCGACGGCAGUGUGUCCACCGUCGCCCCUCCCAGCCCCGACGCCGAUCUGCUGUACCCGGACCUCCAGCUGACGGAGGAGGAGCAGAAGCUGCUGACACAGGAAGGAGUCGCUCUGCCCAACAACCUUCCUCUCACCAAGGCCGAGGAAAGGAUCCUGAAAAAAGUGAGGAGGAAAAUCCGGAACAAGCAGUCAGCUCAGGACAGCCGCCGGAGGAGGAAGGAGUACAUCGACGGGCUGGAGGGCAGGGCAGCAGCGUGCUCAGCACAGAACAAAGAGCUUCAGAGGACGGUGGAGCAGCUGGAGAAACGCAACAUGUCUCUGCUGGGUCAGCUGAGACAGCUUCAGACUCUGAUCAAACAGACGGUCAGUAAAGGAGCGCAGACCAGCACCUGCUUACUGAUCAUCCUCGUCUCUCUGGGUCUGAUCAUCAUGCCGAGUUUCAGUCCGUUCAAACGUCUAUCGUCUGCGGACGACGACUACAGACCAACAGGAGUUAUUUCCAGAAACAUCCUGACAGACCCCGCCUCCUUCCAGCCAGUGGCGGCGGAGGAAGCAGACGCUCCAGCGGUCCAGUCGGACUCCUCAUUACCCCCCUCUGAGCUCGGCCAAUCAGGAGCUCCGGACGGUGAACCAAAAGAAAACCCUGAAAUAACAGACUCAGACGGGACGAACCAGGAGGGGAGCCAAUCAGGGAACAGCUCCGCUCCUGUUGCCGGGCAGACUGAGUCUGUGGUGACGGGUCUGAGGUCCAAAAGAGGAAGCAACGACCCCGCCAAACCUGCACACGCUGACGAGAUGUAGACAAACUGUUUGACGUCAUGUCAGGACGAUAGUUGUUGGUGAUGUCAGUCGACCUCGUGGCGUUGAGGUCUCAUGACCGGCAGCAACGGACGCUCUUACUAAUCGAUGCCCGAUACGCUCAGCCUUAAUCGAUCGGUGGUGGUCUUAAACUUUUCUGAUUUGGAAAGCAGAUCCUGAAACGUGGUCGCUUGUUCGCUGAUGGAUUUUUAUAAACAGAGGUCAAAUGAAGUUCAAGGUGGUUUUUUUUCAGACUUUAACCAAAAUAAAAGAUUUUACUAAACUCGC